UUAUAGGGGAAAAAGGGGAGAUGAAUGUAGAGAUUUUGCAGCAGCUUUUAAAUCCCAUUGGACAUGGCCGAUAUUUGGUUUGUUGGAGAUGGCGAGUCCUCCCCUGCCCCUGCCCCUCCCCCUAAAUCUGGACCUUGAAAUUCUAGGCGCCGCCGAAUGGACUAUCUUCACCUCGCCGGCCGGAAACGCCGUGGAGUCCACGACGUCUUCCCCGGCCGCCACUGCCAAAACGCCGACGACGACGAAAACAACAACUAUGUGGUGAAAGUUAAAUAUGGGGUCACUUCUGUUUGCGGGAUAAGAAGAGACAUGGAGGACGCGGUUUCGGUUCAUCCCUUCUUCGCCGCUCUCAAAACUGAUCACCCCCUUCACUUUUUUGGAGUCUUCGACGGCCACGGCUGCUCUCACGUGUCGAUGAGCUGCGAGAAUCGGAUGCACGAAAUUGUGAAGGAAGAGAUGAUUGAGAAUGAAUUGGGAGGAGAAACGGUGGCGGAUCAGGAGGAGUGGAAGAGAUUGAUGCAACGAAGCUUCGCAAGAAUGGAUGAGGAAGUGAGGGAGUACCGUCGUGAUACUGAUUCUGAUGAUGCCAACCAAACGACCUCUUGUAGGUGCCAACUUCAUACUCUUCAUCAAUACGACACCGUUGGAUCCACCGCUCUUGUUGCCGUCCUCACCCCCCACAACUUCAUCAUUUCCAAUUGCGGCGAUUCACGCGCCGUCCUCUGCCGCAAAAAGCUCGCCAUUCCCCUCUCCAACGACCACAAGCCGGAUCGGCCAGACGAAUUGGUGCGUAUUGAAUCGAGCGGCGGGCGAGUGAUAAACUGGGAUGGCCCGAGAGUGCUGGGGGUUUUGGCGACCUCGAGAGCCAUCGGAGACGGCAAUUUGAAGCCGUACGUGAUAUCGGAGCCGGAGGUGGUGGUAAUGGAUCGGACGGCGGAGGAUGAGUUUGUGGUACUAGCCACGGAUGGGCUGUGGGACGUGGUGUCCAAUGACACGGCAUGCGAGGCUGUUCGCACGUGCAUGAGGGCGCAGAGGGACCGCCCCACGUCCUCGCUUGCGCCGUCGCAGUCGUCGCCGAGGGGCAUGGGCUGCAGCUGCGACAAAACUUGCUCCGAUGCCUCCAUUGUUCUCACCAAGUUGGCCAUGGCCAGACACAGUUCAGACAACAUUAGCGUAGUAGUCAUAGAUUUGAGAAGAGACAGAAUUGAAGCAUCCAAAACUUGAUUCCGAACACACCCAUGUAGGGGAAAAAAUUUUAAUUUUUGUUUAACAAUUAGCUAGGGUUCAAUGUUAAGGAUUAUGGAAAUUAGGGGAUGAAGAGGGAAGGGUAUAUAUAGCUUAAGUGUAUUCUGAGGUUUGAUAAUGCGGAGAUCAUAUAUUGGUAAAUUUAA